AUUACAAAAGCUCUCCAUCCUCAGCUCUCAGCCUGGCUUACCAGCUGAGGUCUGAGCACGGAGGGCUGAGAGCUGAGGAGGAAGGGCUGAGGAUGGAGAGCUUUUGUAAUGAGGGCUGAGGAAUGAGCCAUGAGGGGGGAGAUUGCAACAGAAAAUGUGGGCAGCACGGAGGUGUGACUGCAGUUUCUUCAGAUAAGUGCAAUGUCCCCAGCCUGUCAUAGCUCAGCGGGGCUAGUACAUCCGGGUUGCUCCCGGAGAGAGGAGGUAGCAGUCAGACGAUGCAGUAGACGUGUGUUGCUAGUUAUGCAGCAGCCCUGAGAAACAUUGUGACGAGGGAUAUGGCAGGCAGCGGCAAGAAGAAGAAAAAGCAUGUGCGCUUUGCCCGAGCUGAGGAGAAGGCUGGGGGGGAGGCGGAAGAAGAGGAAGACACACUGUUUGAGAAGCGGCCUGACAGCCUGAGGCAGCUGGGGGAGAGCGACGGGAGGAGGGUGGCGUUUGAAGAUGAAGUCCACUUGGUCCCCGCAGAGAGCAGGAGAGGGAAGCUGGGGGAGUUCAAGUGGUGUGUCACUUCUGUCAUGUGCGCCGCCUUCCUGGGUCUGGGAAUGGCUAUUGCAGUUCUGGGCCCCACCUUCCCCGAUCUGGCAAAAAAUGUUGAGAGCAGCGUUGCAAAUAUUUCCUUCAUUUUUGUUGGGCGCUCCAUGGGAUAUCUUGGAGGCUCAAUUCUGGGAGGCAUCCUUUUUGAACAAAUGAAUCAACAUCUUCUUUUGGGGAUAUCCAUGUUGGCAACUGCUGCUGGGCUCUAUGUCGUCCCUUGGUGUAAAAAGGCUGUGUACCUCACUGCUGUCAUGUCGGUUGUCGGAAUGUCAAUGGGAUUUCUGGAUACAGGUGGGAAUAUUAUUAUUCUGAACACGUGGGAGGAGCAGGCUGGGCCGCAUGUACAAGCUCUACACUUCAGUUUUGCUUUGGGAGCCUUUGUUGCUCCAAUCUUGGCUAAACUAGCUUUGGAAAUUCUCCCCUUGGAAAACACAAGCCUUAAUGUUACUGAAUCUACCCUAGAACAGUCUGUCUUACCUUUUGGAUUAAAAAAGUCUAUGUUAUCCUAUAUAGUCAUUGGGACAUAUAUUUUGCUGGUCUCCUUAUUUUUAUUAACAUUAUAUUCUAAGAGUCAUGCAAACAAGUCAUCAGGAAAAGCUUCAGAUGAAAAAUUUCGAACAGCCAAAUAUCAUAAUGCUGUUAUUUUCCUCCUUUUCCUGUUCUUUUUCUGUUAUGUUGGGGCAGAGGUAGCAUACGGCUCUUACAUAUUCACCUACGCCAUCAAUAGGGGUAUUGAUGCUAAUAAAGCUGCCGGACUAAAUUCACUGUUUUGGGGAGUAUUUGCUGCAGUUCGAGGACUUGCCAUCUGUUUUGCUACUUGCUUGUAUCCAGGCACCAUGUUACUUUUGAGCGUGAUUGGCUGCACAGUGUCUUCAUUGAUUUUAGUCCUUUUCAAUAAAAGUAUUUUUUUGCUCUGGGCUGGAACUGCAGUGUAUGGGGCAUCAAUGGCUACCACUUUUCCAAGUGGUUUUUCGUGGGUUCAGCAGUACACUACCAUUGGAGGAAAGUCGGCUUCUUUAUUUGUGGUUGGGGCUGCUCUUGGAGAAAUGGCUAUUCCUGCCUCUGUGGGAUAUCUGCAGGGAAUGUUUCCCAAUUUCCCUGUACUCCUGUACACAGCUCUAGCAUCCUCCACAAUGACAGCCGUCCUGUUUCCGGUUAUGUACAAACUGGCCACUGCUCAGCAAGAUCAGGCACGAUAUAACAGGGUUGAGAGUGAUGACCGCAGGGCUUUGCUCUCCAGCACUGGAAUGGAAGAGGAGGAAGACGAAGAGGCUCAAAUCUGGAAUGAGGCAGACUUUGAAACCAUUGAAAUGAAUGACCAAACAAAAAAUUCAGUUACUGUGAAACCAGAGGACACUCCAGGGAACAGUCUACCUUUAGAGAUCCUGAAGCAAUCUAAUGGGGCUGAACCAGCGGUUAAUAUAUCUCCCUCCAGAAAGCAUAACACAGACAGAGAAAAAAAUGAUUGAAAUUUUGUAUCAUAUUUGAUUAUGGGAUGUGAGGAAGCCCUAUUGAUCCAUUGUUGCUUCUUGGAUAACUAUAAAAAUAGUCUAUCUGGCAGUAUGAGGAACAAUGCAGCAAAGAGGGAUACAUUUCACAGAAUAUGUCCUGCUCCAGUGUAUAUAGUAGGAAGUAAAUGUCAUUGCUUCCUAUUAAAUACAUUAUUGCUUUUUUAUUUUAAUGGGUUGUCCAAUGUUAAAUUGUUGUUGUAUGUUGAGUGAGAUUCUGAAACAAUUUGCAGUUGGUCUUCAUAUUCCUGGUUUUUAAAUAAUAUCGUUUUUUGUUGAGUAGUGAUUCGUUUGGAAUUUGAUCGGUUACCCUAGCAACCGGAGAGGGCCUGAAAAGAAAGCUAAGUAAUUACAGGUGACAAUGGCGAUAAAAUCCUAGCCUCACAGGGUUUUUUUUUUUAAAUUUGCUGCCAGGGUCAGUGACCGCCAGUAAAAACUGAAAAGAAUCAGAAGAAGAAAAAUUUGCUAAAAAUUGGUUAUUUUAUAAAAGUUAACCUAAAGGUGAUCCCUUUAUUUAGAAGUGUUCUCCAUACUGCAGUAUCAACAUUUGAUAUGUAUGUGGAGUAAGGCUAAUCCCACACACAAUGCAUUUUGAUCUCAGUAAGAAAUACUUGAUACUGCUGGUACAGACGAUUCUUGGCCCAAAAUGCAUGCUUUUUUUUAGUUGAAAAACAUGUGUAUUAGUGGUAUAGCCAGUUCUUGUUGAUUUUUGGUUUCGGGCCCAGUGUUCAGUUGGCCUCUAGCUUGUGAAUACCAGACUGGCAGACAGUGAAGUGACUAUAACCGAGGGUCUUGCCUGGGUACAUUGUAGGCAGCAGCAUGCAUUGUUCAUUACUGCUAUCAUACAGAAAAUAAGCUAUUUAAAAAAAAAAAAAAUUCAUACAGAAUUCUUUUUCUGUUCAAAUGAGAAAAUUAAGUAAUUGAAUUAAAGUAGAUUUUUGCACUAAUGUUUUGUUUCUUUAUAUUGUUUCCUUUUGAAGGAAAAAAAGUCAGUUUAGAGCAGAGAUCCUUUGGCUUGCUGGGAGUUGCAGCUUAAAGAUGAAAGCCAGUGGCAUUUUUGUUUCUAGUCUGCUGCAUGUUCUUCAGCCAUUUGCCACUCACCACCCUGGGCCUUACUGUUAGUCAUAUUAAAAGCAUAUACCAUCCUUCAGCUGCAAAGUUCAGUGUAUGAGAGUGUAAAGACUAUGUAUUUCAGGUUUUCAGCUGUUUGUAUGUUUAUAGUUGUCUGAGCUUUCAUAUUAGGGCAAUAUCACCCUGGUUUUCUUAUUGUCUAUUUUUCUCAGGGAAAAUCACAAUUCUUGCAACAACUGCUUACAAUCACUUUCCCUCAUUGCCUGUAGGCAGUGCACAACCAUUUGCACAGCUGAGUGAUAAUCUCCUGAAAAAAAUGCAAUUGUUGGCCUUUGCCUCCUUGAUGCCAUAAACUGGGCAUUUCACUUUAACAGGUGUAGUAAAUGUAUUGCUGCUGUUUUCUCAAAAUGGGCCGUACCUGUGUGUAUUACAUUUAGCUAAGGCUAAGUAAAGCAGGUUAAAGAGCUCAGCAUAAAAAGCAUUGUAGCUGGAUUUUUUUGUAUCACGUUUGUACUCUAAAUGUGGUAUCUGUAGGCAGGCUGUGAAUGGACGGCUUCAUAUGCAUGUGACGAUUCACUUGGCUGCUCCGACUUCCAUUCUGCCAAAAAGACCACCACAACCAGGGAAAAUAUAAUUUCCUCACAAGUUCCCGCAUAAUUAAACAUUGGCAUAGAAAUAGACAGUAUUGCACUGCCAUUUUAUGUGUCAGAUCCCAUGGCAUUUUUGCUUAACUACACUAUAAGUUCCAGGAUUCCAAGUGCUAAUUGAUGACCGUGUAGUCUGAUUUCACAAGCUCUAGAAGGGAAGAAAUGUGAAAUUAAAGCCCCACCCCAACAAAAAUUCACUAGCUUUCUAUUCAUCCCUAUGGGGUUUUUAGAAGAGUAUUUAUGGAAUGGUAAACCCUAAAUUUCACCCGGAAAUAGGAGUGAAUAGAAAGUGGGUGAUUUAUUAUUUUUUUGAGGGGGAGUGAAUGCUUAUUACACACUUUGAUAAACCUGCCUCUGUGAAUGUGUUGUUUGGUUGAGGCACUCAAAUUGUUAAAAAAAAAAAAAACUGCAAGAAAACAGACAUUGUGAAACAUCACCUGCUGUUUGUGGAUUUUUUUUUUUUUUUAAAUAGCAAUGGCUACUUUUUUAACAAUGCUCAGAUUUUCCCUAUUUGUGUUAUAACAUACAAAUAUAAAGUUGUGUGCUAGAGUCCCGCCUACCCUGAAAUAAUGUCAGUUUUAAAGCUGCCAAUUUGUUGGGCAGUGUAUUCACUAUCACUAUUCACCCAAUUAUCUCUCAAGUGGAGACCUCUAGCUACAGUAGAAACAUUUGGUUUGAAGUUCUGCUGUUUGUAUUUUGUUUGAUUGUGUCUGUGGUUAGACUCCACCAGAUAAUCUCAGAUAAAUACACUGUAGUGAGCUAAAGAGAAAAUACAGUUCCUUGGAAAUGGCUAUAUUUAAUAUAAAUCAUUAUUUUGUUGCUUUUGCUCAUGCUGUUUAUUUUGAAAAUGCUAAUAAACAUUAUUGAAAAGAAAGGAAAUGGCUAUGAAGGAAAAUCAGUGAAAAGUCAUAAAAUGUUCAAUUUUUCUGGUUUUGAUUAAUAUGUUCCUGAGUUUGUUGCUUAUUCAGUUAUUACAUAAUCUGCCUUUGAUACUGUGCUGUGUUCAGUAAAUUGGAAUUACAGCAA